GCGGGAAAAAUUACGCUACAUGACGCAAUUAGUUUACACUGGCCCCGGACGGUUGGAAAACGACCGAGUACUUUCGUGAUGCUGUGCAGCGUGCCCUGGAAGGAGCGAGUGAUUUUACGGUGCUCCGGGUGCACGUCGAGAAGGCCAGCGAAAAAACGACCGGCUAUAUGUCGCUGAUACAUCGGGUGUCGAUCUUGGUGAAGCUCGACGACGAUCCGAACCCACGCACCUGCUACUGCAUCGUGAAGGAGAAAUCGGACGAGGCGUUCGGUGCCGCGCUGAUGGACGUUCUGUCCGUCUUCGAGAAGGAGCGCGAUGUGUACGAGAAUCUUUUGCCCUCCUUCGAACGGCUCUGGGCUGCCCGGGGUCGGCCAGAGGUUCGAUUCGGGCCGAAGCUGCUGAAAUGCACCGACGGACCGGAGUUUACCGUGAUCGUGAUGGAAGACCUGACCCGCAGCCAGUUCCGAAUGCGCGACCAGCCGUACAAUCUGCCGCUGCUGGACAUGAAGCGGAUCCUGUCGAAGCUGGCCAAGUUCCACGCCACGUCGCUGGUGCACUGUGAGCGGGCUGGUGCCUUUUCGGGCCACUUUCUAAGCGGUGUCAUAACGGAACACACUGUCGAGCUGCUGAAGGGCUAUUACGAAGUCUUGUUCCGUGCGUUCGUGCAGAGCCUCAGGGAGCGUCAGUUCCCGGACCAAUACCUAACGCCCCUGGCCUCACUGGAGGAUCGUCUACUGACGGAGUGCUGCCAACUGUACAAGGUGGACAACUCGGAGUUGAACGUGCUCAAUCACGGGGAUCUGUGGCCAAACAAUGUGAUGUUUGGCGAUGAUGAUCUUUUAUUCCUGGAUUACGCGACCGUGUUCUACUCGUCCUUCGCGGGUGACUUGUUGUACGUUUUUGCCACUAGCUGUGCGGAACUGAUUUGUGAUUCGCUGGAUGCGUUGCUGGAGCACUACUACGGAUCGCUGGCAGAGAGUUUCGAUCUGCUUGGCAGCAGCCGGGCACUUCCUUCGACUGCCAGCCUAACGGAGCAGCUGAAGCGUCGCGGGGUCCUUAUACUGCCUACGCUAACCGAAGCACUCGCCAUCUCGAUGGCCAAACUGACCGAGACAAAUGACCUGCAAACGGUCAUUUCCGACAGCCGCGAAGGUGAAGCGUUACGGCGACGAGUUUUUAACAAUCCGGCAUUCGUGGCGCUCAUCGAUCGACUAGUACCGACGCUCUUCGAGAAGGGUUUCUUCAGCAGCUUGAAAGGUGCAGGUGCGUUAAAAAGCCUUUGAUAGGAUAGGAUAGGUCAGUUGGUGGACGCCCCCGAUGAUGUGAAGCUAUUUUUGUGUACGAAACACCCUAUCACCAAAUGUUCCUUCGAAUUGCGGUUUUCUUUUUCUAUUCACGCGCCGACUGUUUAUUAAAACGUUG